UCGACAGGUGCAGCCAUGGUCGUCUACAGUGUUUAUGUGGUGAAUAAGGCCGGCGGCCUCAUUUAUCAGUAUGACAACUACUCGCCCCGCAACGAUGUGGAGAAAACCUUUAGUUACCCGCUCGAUCUGGUGCUCAAGGUGUACGAUGAGCGUGUUGUGGUGUCCUUUGGUCAGAGAGACGGUAUCAAAGUCGGAUAUGCUGUGCUUUCAAUUAAUGGAUUUGAUGUAAAUGGAAGAUACACAGCAGAUAACCGAGAUGUGCUGGAAUAUCUGAACACCUCUUACAAUUACCCUUUGGCCAUUCGCUUCGGACGCCCUCGUCUGACCUCAAAUGAGAAGUUAAUGUUGGCCUCCAUGUUUCAUUCGCUGUUUGCAAUUGGCUCCCAGUUGUCACCUGAACCUGGAAGUUCUGGGAUUGAAGUGCUGGAAACAGACACCUUCAAACUGCAUUGUUUCCAAACACUGACAGGAAUUAAGUUCAUUGUGCUGGCAGACCCUCGACAAGCUGGAAUCGAUUCCCUCCUUCGGAAGAUUUAUGAAAUUUAUUCAGACUUUGCUCUUAAAAAUCCAUUCUACUCUCUUGAGAUGCCUAUCAGGUGUGAUCUCUUUGAACAGAAUUUGAAAGUGGCUUUGGAGAUAGCAGAAAAGGCUGGAACAUUCGGAGCAGGGUCUUGAUCUCGUUGGGAGGGAGGCUGUCUCACCCUCCCAGCGGUUGGUGCCUGGCAUUGAUAUGUAUAUAUUUUGUUCAAAGUUUUUGCAAAUAUAGAAACUUAUUGACCAGAAACCUACCUGCAAGUAAAGUGUAAUAUGGAUAUGGACCUGGGAUAUGUAAAUAUUUGAAUAAACAUAAUGUUACCAACAA